CUGCACCUUCCUGCUGUCGCCCGUGUAUAUAAGCAUCGCUCACCUGCUUCUCUGCACCUUCCAUCUUCCACCUUCCACCUUGCACCACCCUAUAUCCAUCCUGCACUCUCAUACUCACACUCCAUUGACUACACCCAACUCCACCAUGUCUGGUCCAUCUGAGCUCUCCAACGGUGUCACCAACGGCAAAGCUGCUGCCAACCCCGAGCGGCGAUUCAACGAAAGCCUGGUCCAAGUGCAGCCUGCACGUGUCGAGGAUCUGCAGCCACAAUAUGCCCAGACCCUCAAGCACGAUAAUGAUAACCCAGAUUCCCACGGCUGGUAUGCUGGCUUGCAGCACGGCCUUGGUCAAUGCUUCGGUUUCAUGGGCGCGGCCGGCUGCUGCAUCUGCCCGAAUCCAUUCAAGAAUGUCAAGCAGGGUGAAGUGGGAUUGGUCACGCGAUUCGGCCGAUUUGAGCGUUCCGUCGACCCCGGGUUGGUCAAAGUCAACCCCUUUAGCGAAAAAUUGACCACCGUUGAUGUGAAGAUCCAAAUUGUCGAAGUGCCCCGCCAGGUCUGCAUGACCAAAGACAAUGUCACUCUGAACCUCACGUCUGUGAUCUACUACCACAUCACCUCCCCACACAAAGCUGCGUUCGGCAUCGCCGAUGUUCGUCAAGCCCUCGUUGAGCGCACUCAGACCACUCUGCGACACGUCGUCGGUGCUCGCGUUUUGCAAGACGUCAUCGAGCGCCGCGAGGAAAUUGCCCAGUCAAUCGGUGAAAUCAUCGAAGAUGUUGCUGCCCGCUGGGGUGUCAAGGUUGAAUCCAUGUUGAUUAAAGAUAUCAUCUUCAGCAACGACUUGCAAGACUCGCUCUCCAUGGCUGCUCAAUCUAAGCGUAUUGGUGAGAGUAAAGUCAUUGCCGCACGCGCCGAGGUCGAAUCCGCCAAGUUGAUGCGUCAAGCCGCUGAUAUCUUGUCUUCCGCUCCUGCCAUGCAGAUCCGCUAUCUGGAGGCGAUGCAAGCCAUGGCCAAAUCCGCCAACAGCAAGGUUAUCUUUUUGCCUGCACCCAACCAGUCCGUCAUGAACCAGCUUGCCGUGGCCGAUACUGUUGGUGAGGGUCCUAGCAGGUAUCAAUCUCAAGGCGCCCUCGACGUAAACAACAGUGAAGCCGACGAAGGGUUCCAGCGCGCUAUCAAUGCGCGUGUUGUGGAGAACAUUUAAUGACCUCCAAGAAACUGCACCAUUAGUAUGGCCCAGAGGAGAGAAGAGUUUGCUUGAUGAAUCUUUCGUGUGAUCAAUCUUUCAUGCUAGUUAGCGAUACCCCUUGAUUUAUACCCCUAUGCUUUUUUUUGUUUAUUAUUGUUCUUCUAGCCAACGAAUUAAUAUUUAUAAUUAUGCUACAAAUCAUGAUUAAUAGCUAGCUGUACACAAGAGGGAAUAAAGUAGCCAAGCUAUACUCAGCCUUAUGAAGCUAGUCGAUAUCCAUCACUGCGAACGUGAAGCAGAAACCACAUGAACAUGAUUGAGUACUGCUGUAUGCUACAUUCGUCUUGGCGCGC